GGUACUGUACCCUUCCGUACGUGGUGCCGUUCCAACCUCAUCGGAAAUUCUUUCCCCCUUUCCCAAGUGUAUGCUAACGACGCCUCCCGGGACGUGGCAGAAUAUCCCUCUAAUCAGAAACCUCCACCCGCAUACAAGACUCUCCAAGACUCUCCAAGACAUGUGGGCCGUCUUGUUUUCCCAUUGGCGAGGCUUGUUAGUUGUAAGUUAACCUGUCUCAUAGGGACAGCCUUGGCCUAUGGAGCCUCACGUUCGUUAUGAGUGCCCCAGCCGGAUGAAUUGCCAGCCAGCGCGAUGUACUGCCCUGGGCCUCACAAACGGAUCAGGAUCAAGCGGCAUACAGUAUGAGCGUUGGCGGCCAUGCUGUAUUGACAGCUUGGCCUGGCCCUGGGGUCCAAUCACACCUUGUUCAUGCCACUUUCUCAUCAAUCCGACUCCGGCAAUAUGGGAAGAGCCUGGGGAUCUUCCAUCGCUCCACACGGUGUCAUCUCCACACUCGCCUUCCCCAUGACGGUGAAGGAUCCAAAGUCAAGUCAUUGGUGGAUAUUCACACCUCCCUCGUCCGUCUUGAUGAGCGGCUUAAGCCUUGGCAAUACUUUAUAGCCUCGCGUUCAGAUCUUCCAGACGACUUUCUGCAGUACAGCCUUGUCACUCUUCGUUCUAUCUCGUGUGUCAUUGUACUGAUCAAAAUGCUCCUGAAAUUGUCAAUUGGCCGUGUUUUGGCCCUUGCCAUUGCUCUGACUUCUUCACUUGCUUCCGCGAACCAAGGGCAUCAAUACUCUGGCCCCAGGUCUAUCCAGGACUUCAGGAAACACCAUCCAUACCACCAUCCUCCCAGCGAUCACCGCCCGAAAAUCUACAUCCGAGCUUCAAAGAGCGAUACGGACGAUAUCUCGGAAGAAUUCCUGAAGGGAUUAAAGAAAGCCAACCACGGAGGCACCCUCGUACUUCCAAAGGGCAAGAAAUUCGUCAUUGGAAAGAAGUUGGACCUCACAUUCUUGAGCAAUGUUCAAGUCAAUCUCGAAGGCACUAUUUUGUUCACGAACAAUAUUACCUACUGGCAGAGCAACUACUUCUACCAUCCUUUCCAGAAGUCUAUCUCCUUUUGGAAAUGGGGUGGUAAGAACAUCAAAAUCUUUGGCUCAGGCACACUUGAUGGAAAUGGACAGGCCUGGUACGAUGGAUUUGCGGGGUUGGAAAUUCUGGAUCCCAACAACACUUACUACCGCCCGAUCCUUUUCUAUGCUGAGAAUGCCACAAAUCUCUACAUUGAAGGAAUAAGGUUUCAAGGGUCUCCCUGCUGGACGAACUUCGUGGUCACCUCCAAGAACGUCGUGUAUGACAAGGUUGUAAUUGAGAACCUCUCCACCAACAAGAACCUCCCCAAGAACACUGAUGGCUGGGACUCGUACAAUGUGGAUGGACUCACUGUUCGUGAUGCCUGGGUCAACAUUGGCGACGACUGCUUCAGUCCCAAGCCCAAUACCUCUAAUAUCCUCGUCGAGAACAUUUACUGCAAUGGCACACAUGGUGUCAGUAUGGGAUCUAUCGGUCAAUAUGCUGGUGUCAAGGAUUACAUCUAUAAUGCACACAUUGAGAACGUGACUAUGUUGAACGCACAGAACGGAGCACGUCUCAAGGGAUGGGCUGGGCCAAACGUCGGAUACGGCUUUAUCCAGAAUAUCACAUUCAAGAACUUCUACAAUUACAACGUUGACUGGCCCAUCGUUCUCGAUGCAUGCUACUUCAAUGUCAACGAGGUUCGUCCACUUCCAUCUUCACCAGGCUUUGAGAACAUUGCAGCUAACACCGAGUUCACUAGACAGCCUGUGCCAAGUACCCAUCCCGUGUCGACAUGAUCGAUAUCAGUUUCCAGAACUUCACCGGCAGCAGCUCAGGAAAGAACGGACGUAAAGUCGCCAAGCUCGUCUGCUCGCCCAACGCUGUCUGCAGCAAUAUCACUCUCGAUGAUAUCGAAUUGACGAGUCCUGCGGGAAGCCCACCAGUCGUGAUCUGUGAUGGUAUCGCAGGAAGUAUUGGAGUCGAUUGCUUGCCAGCUAAUUCGACGCUGGCUGUAAAGAAGUAGAAUUGAAGCUGAGGAAGUGGGGAAUGGAUAGAGGUCAGGAUUUAUAACGUAUCAUGGUUCCAAAAAUGAAUUAGAACUCGGCAACUAUUUU